AAUUCUACUUUGGAUAUUCAGGUGUUUGACCUCCAUGAUGUGAAACCGCAUGAAUUUGUACGGUAUGGACUGGCUUGCCUUGAGAAGUGGGCUGAAAGUGGAGACGCUUGUGCCAAAGAGACAAGGAUGAACAUCAGAGUUGUGGUUGCUGGUGGUGAUGGUACAGUUGGUUGGGUGUUUGGAUGUCUUGGAGAGCUUCAUCAAGAGGGUCGGUUGCCGGUUCCUCCUGUAGCUAUCAUUCCGCUUGGUACUGGUAAUGACUUGUCUAGAAGUUUAGGCUGGGGAGGUUCAUUUCCUUUUUCCUGGAAAUCAGCUAUUAAAAGAACUCUGCAGAGAGCUACUACCGGUCCAAUUUGCCAUUUAGAUAGUUGGCAUGUUGUGGUGCAAAUGCCUGGCGGAGAAGUUGUCGAUCCUCCUCAUUCUUUGAAGCCUGCUGAAGAGUGUGAUGUUGAUCAGACUCUGAAGAUUGAAGGGCAUGUUCCAGACAAAGUCAACUGCUAUCAAGGAGUAUUCUAUAAUUACUUCAGCAUAGGAAUGGAUGCACAAGUGGCUUACGGAUUCCAUAAUUUACGGAAUGACAAACCUUACCUUGAAGGUCCUAUUUCAAAUAAGAUUAUCUACUCCUGUUACAGUUGUAGUCAGGGUUGGUUUCUCACACCUUGUAUGAGUGAUCCAUCUUUAAGGGGACUCAAUAACAUUUUAAGUAUCCACAUUAAAAGGGCCAACUGCUCAGAGUGGGAGCCAAUUACAAUACCUGGAAGUGUGAGGGCAAUUGUUGCUUUAAAUCUUCAUAGUUAUGGAAGUGGACGAAACCCAUGGGGCAAUCUAAAGCCAGAGUAUUUGGAAAAAAGAGGCUUUGUUGAGGCCCAUGUCGAUGAUGGUCUUCUGGAAAUUUUUUGCUUAAAGCAAGGAUGGCAUGCAUCAUUUGUAAUGGUUGAACUGAUAUCUGCAAAACACAUCGCACAGGCGGCAUCGAUUCGACUGGAGUUAAGGGGAGGGGAAUGGAGAGAUACAUUUUUGCAGAUGGAUGGGGAGCCAUGGAAACAGCCGAUGAGUAGGGAGAAUUCCACCAUAGUGGAAAUUAAAAGAGUGCCAUUUCAGUCAGUAAUGAUAAGUGGAGAAUGACAGUGGCAAUUGGGUAAUCAUUAACACCAUCUCUGUAAAGCAU